AUGUCCUUGCUCUUGUGCCGUCGCCAACGCGGCAAGGGGAUAACAUGUGACGACUGGAAAAUGGGCGGCAACGUUCCUGAUUGGGCUGCACAACAAUCCGGUUGGUUUCCUGUGAUCAACACGACUAGCAUAGAGAUGCUUGCGCGCUACGCAUCCAACCGGCCGCAGUCGCCGCAGUGGGAUAAAGGACAUGACCUGAUCGACGCGCUGGAUAGAGUGGAGCGCCUUAGUAAGGACUCGUUGUUAUCCUGGAAUGGUAUCCUCUAUGCAGCGCUGACAGGAUUCUGGCGUACUUACCGGAUACCGCUGGCUGUGCGUGUUGGUGAACUUGUGGAAAAUCGGAGAGACUCGCUGCUGACCUCGUCUGAGGUUCUAGAGAUGAGCGAAUACUUGUAUUUACAGGGAAUGGGCUCAUCCUAUGUUCCAUGGAUGAAUGGGACGGACCACAAGAAUUAG